AUGUCAGUUGCUGACGUUGCUUUGAGUCCAAUUCACAAAAGAUCCGGCUCCGUUUGUUCCCGGAGCAGUGAAUCCAUCGUGAUUUACUUGACAGUUGCAGGUUCUGUGAUUCCGAUGCGAAUUAUGGAAUCCGAUUCCAUUGCCACAGUCAAACUAAGGAUUCAAACAUGUAAAGGGUUUAUAGUGAAGAAACAGAAGCUAGUUUUUGGAGGGAGAGAAUUAUCACGAAACAAUUCUCUCCUAAAAGAUUACGGUGUUUCAAGCGGUGAUGUUCUUCAUCUGAUUCUUAGGGUUUCUGAUCUGCUUGUGAUAACCGUUGAAACCGCUAUUGGGAAAGCAUUCGAGUUUGAGGUUGAUAGAUUUAGAAAUGUGAAGUACUUAAAACAAUUGGUGGAAGAAAAAGCUAAAGAAAUUGGAUUCAUUAAUGGCGAAGACUUGAAGAUUCUUUGUAACGGUGAGAAGCUCGAUGAUCACAAGCUGAUUGAUGAUAUCUGUAAGAAUCACGAUGCUGUGAUUCAUUUAGUUGUGCAAAAAUCAUCUUCACCCGAAAGAAAUCACGAGAAAGACGAGCAGAAAACGAAUCCCAAGAAACCACCAGAUAUUGAUUCACCAUUACAACCAAUUAUCGUGAAUCCCGAUUCAAAAUUAUCCCCCGAUAUAUCUAAUAUGAUAGAUUCUGCAACCGAAGGACUUCAGAAAGGGAAAAAACCAAUCAGAUCAUCAGAAGGCACCGGAGGGACUUACUUUAUGCAACAUCCAUCCGGGAACAGAUACGUCGCUGUUUUCAAGCCGAUAGAUGAAGAACCAAUGGCGAUUAAUAACCCUCAAGGGCUACCUGUGACCUCUAAUGGUGAAGGGUUGAAAAGUGGCACGAAAGUUGGUGAAGGCGCUUUGCGGGAGGUGGCGGCGUACAUACUGGACCACCACCCCUAG